AGAGACGCUUCGCGCCGCGCAUCUUCACGAGACGAUCUGCGAGAGGCGUGGCAGUGAUAGUGAGGUGGAUGUGCGAUCUGGACCGGAAGUGAUAUAGAUUGUGAUCGGAAAUGGAUUGAAACAUUGAACUGUAUGGAUUUUGAAAAGUGCUAGAACUAGAAGUGAUACAUAUGACAAUUAAAAUAGUUUGAUCAAUAUUGACAUUUGAUUAUUUUUUAUCUUCAACUAGGGUAUUUGAACUUUCGAAAUCUCCAACAAUGCGACCAAUUCACGACUGACGUCAUCCAAGAGCGGCUUGUCGGCGCCACAAUCAUUGCGGAAACAGUGUCGCCGCAGAAUAGCGAAUGCAGAUGAAACAUUUGUUCGGUUACAGAAAUGCGUAUUGUUUCCCCGCUAUUGUUAGUCAGUUAGAACAAUUGUUCGGAAAUCCGCUCUCAGCUGUGCUCAGACACCACAAGUCGCCAUAGGAUGUCUACAGGACCGGGGAAUAUCUGGUGAUAGUGGUUCACUUCGCACAGAGAGUACCUUUACUUCAGCACUCACUUCCGUAGUCAAGUAGUAUCCAACACAGCAGUAGCGAUCAUAGCAUAGUCUAGAAUGAUGAACCAGCAGUGUAAGGUGUGCAACGAGCCUGCAGCGGGCUUCCAUUUUGGGGCUUUCACUUGUGAGGGAUGCAAGUCUUUCUUCGGGAGGACCUACAACAAUUUGAGCUCCAUAUCAGAGUGCAAGAAUAAUGGCGAGUGCGUCAUCAACAAGAAGAAUCGUACUUCCUGCAAGGCAUGUCGCCUUAGAAAAUGCCUCCAAGUGGGGAUGUCCAAGAGUGGCUCACGCUACGGAAGGAGAUCCAACUGGUUCAAGAUCCACUGUCUUCUUCAGGAGCAAAGCUCUUCAGGUGUGAGCCCUAACCAAGCUCUGCUGGGGAGCAACGGCAGUGGGUUAUACCCAGGACUGUUACACCAUAGCCAGUUUCUCUCGUCAGAAAACUUCCUGCAGGCGAGAAUCAAUGGGUAUCCACCACAGUACAGUCAAAAGGACGAUAAAAAGGAGGACAACAGACAUUCGUCUACAGACGACUCGGGCGGCUCUUCGAUGGAAGAUGUCGAAGAAGACGCAUCAUCGAGAUCGGCGAGUGCUUUGAGUUUUAUGAGACCACCUUCUUCACACAAGACUCCUUCACCGUUUAGUGAAAAAGAAUCUCCCAGUAUAAAAAGUCACAAACUUCCCUGCCCUCUCCCGUCGUCACCUCUUGGGUUGGCGACGUACCCAGCGUUCCCGUCUCCCCUGAAUGCGGGACUCUUAUCUAUUCCUUACCUAACGGCACAAGUUAGACACCCCUACCCAUUUGCUGCUACUCGACCAGGUCUGACCCCGACCACUGGCCAUCCCAUCCAGCUUGACCAUACCCCUCCUCCCCCCUGGCCACACAGAACAGGUGGUGAUCUCCUCCUCUACAGCCCGGCUCCAGGAGGCAUUCCACAUGAGCAGGAGGAACCUAUAGACUUAUCUGUGAAAUCAGCCGCUUCUACACCCGCUCUAACACCACCCUCAGCAUCUCCUGACCACAAGAGUCAUCACGAGGACGAAGAAGAAACAGGGAAAGAGGGAAGGACAACACCCUUGGAUUUGACGAAAAGAUCACCGGAGCUUGCGAUGGAACUACCAAGAGAAAACUAUGUUAGUUAGGUAUAAAUUUGGUAGUGCGAAUCGUUAUCGGAGAUUAUCGAAGAAGGACUUUUAAACAUCAAUGAAUUUCAUUAAUUUAUUCAACGAUAAAUCAAAGUUCAGAUAGUAUCUUUGUGUUACUGAACUUUUAGUUCACAAGUAUUUGAGUUGUCAAGAAUGCAUAUUCAGUAUAUUUCCACAGCCAUGCUACUUAGUAAACUCUUCUAAUUACAUAAUUUAUUUCAACUAGUGAUAGAAACGAAUAUAUUGUUAUCCUAUAGCAUAUGAACCCCGUAUACGUACACAACACUCUGAAGAUCUCUGACAAUCAGUUUUGCAAUAAUCAGUUUUCAUCGCCGAGCCCAAACGGCCGAACCGGUUGGAUGUCAAAGAUAUGAAAAUUUUACGAGAACCGGGUUGUGCGGAGAUUCCACAAAACACAUACCAUCAAUCGAAUCUCGGUCGACCCAACUAGGUGUUGUAACAGGACGACCUGUGACCUCUGACACAAACAAAUGCCAAAGGCUGCGUAGAAAGUAUCUCACAGGUGGAAGAGUGGGGCUUCGGCAACCUCCACCUCCAUAACGCAUGCACCCCUUCGCGACCGGCUGAAUUAUUUAUAAGCCGUGAAGUAGGUGAAUUAGAUGAAUUCCGAAUGAAAUUGUAAUUUUCAUAUUACGUUCCUUCUUCGCAAACGCUACC